CUUGAACAAGCUUCUGCUACUCUCACUUUAAUCAACAAUUGAUAAGACCAAACCAACCCGAGUCAUGCAGAUAUCCAGUAUUUUUUGUGCCUUUCAUCUCUUAAACUGCUACAUAAUCACAGCACAUCCAAAUUUAUAUAUAAAAACUCUGGGAAAGAGAGAAAUUGAUGAUGUCACUGCAGGAACUCAACUUCACUUCCUCCACAAGAGGAUGGAAAAAUCUUCCCAAGACCUAGCCAAAGAGGCAAAAGCUGAUAUGAGCUCAAAACAAGGAAAUUUGACAAAUGAUCAAUGGAUAUCAAUGGUGAGAGGCUUGGUAGCUGUACAAUCAUCAUUCAUAGAAAUAGAGAAUAAAAUAGGUGAUAUUGAAGAAAAACUGGGUAAAAUGCGUGGAAAUAUUGAUACAAGUGAUGCAAGAUUAGAUGGAUCUUCUCAUACCAAUGACAAAUCAUAUAAAGCUUCUGGAAAAUAAUUUCCAUCCAAGAUUUUUUGGAAAGAUGGAUUGCAAUGUUAGUCCAAAAAAUACAACAGGAUAUCUAUCACAGAUCAGAUUUCAAAUAUGUACUAAAUUUUGACCCAAAAAGUAGAUGAAAUGUUUGAAAAAAAGGGUUUUAUUACAAGCAGCCAAAGAUAAUGACCCACCCACUGUACACCUAAGAUUUCCUUGAAGGCUUGCUGCUAUAUCAGUGUAGUUUUCAGUUAAAAAGCAAUUAAUUGUAAGGUGUCA